GCUAAAGAUGAAGGCAGUUGCUCUUCUGUUAAUCGUUGUUGUCGUCGGCUGCAUCCAGGCGCUCAGCUACGAGGAUGUGCUGGCUGCAGAGUUCGAAUCCUUUAAAGUGGUGUACGAGAAGAGUUACGAGGAUGACAGCGAGGAGCAGCUGCGCAUGCAGAUAUUUAGGGACAACAAGGAGCUGAUCGAUAGGCAUAACGAGCGCUAUGCCGCUGGCGAAGAGACCUUCGAAAUGGGCGUGAAUCAAUUUACGGACAUGCUGGCGACGGAAUUCCGGAAAAUUAUGCUGUCAAAUCUGAACAUCAGUGAUUUUACGUCCAGCAUUGAGUACAUCUAUUCGCCAGCAAAUGCUGAGAUUCCUAGCGAAGUUGACUGGCGUGAGAAAGGCGCAGUUACGCGGGUGAAGAAUCAAGGACUCUGCGGAUCUUGCUGGACCUUUUCAGCCACGGGCGCUCUGGAGGGACAACAUUUUAUCCAAACUAAUCAAUUGAUUUCGCUCUCCGAGCAGAAUUUGCUGGACUGUUCCGGUCAAUAUAACAACAAUGGCUGUAGCGGUGGAUGGCCCAUCAACGCUCUGAUGUAUGUUCGGGACAACAAUGGGUUGGAUAGUGAAAGGGCGUAUCGGUAUGAAGGCCGUGUUGAACGUUGCCGUUUCCGUCGCGAUAGUGUUAGCGCAACUGUCACAGAGGUGAUACAGGUAACCCCAGAUGAAGACGCAUUGGCCAACGCCAUCGCCACAAAGGGUCCAGUUUCGGUUUGUGUCGAUGCAACCUAUAUCCAGCACUAUCGUGGAGGCGUCUAUACCCAUCGCUGUUACGAUCAGCCGAAUCAUGCCAUGCUUGCCAUUGGCUACGGUCACGACCAACGCGGCGGCGACUUUUGGUUAAUCAAGAACUCCUGGGGUGACUGGGGAGAGCAAGGCUACCUGCGCUUGGCACGCAACCAAGGCAAUCUCUGCAACGUGGCUAGCUGUGCCGUAUUUCCGGUAAUAGCUGAGGAGGAAUGUGGAAAGUACAUAUAUAAGGCAGUGAGACCUUUGUUAAAGUAUAUACACCAGAUGAAGGAGGAAAUUGAAGGCAAAGACAGAGAAAUCAAGCAACUGCAGAAAAAACUGAACAAACGUAAUGAUUUGGUCAUCGAGGAAUUGACAGCUCAGAAUGAAUUCUACAAACGAACUAUUGAAGAGCUAACGAGCAACGUCUUAUCAAUAAAAGAGGAAAUCGGUAAACUCAAUCCAAAUGCUUUGAAAAUCCAGGAAUACGAGGAGCAGCUGGAGAAACAAAAGAAGCUAAUUGAUCAAAAGGACCAACAAAUAUCCGAAAUCAAAAACGAAAUGAACAUUUGUGCCAAGAAAUUAAAAAACUGGCAGGAGAAGCCCGUUUACAGUGACUGCACCGACUUUGCUGAUACUCCGGGUAUUUAUAUGAUUAACCCGGAUCAAGAAGAUUCGUUCAAUGUACUUUGUGAUAGUGCGACAGCAGGUCCUGGCUGGAUUGUUAUCCAGCAGCGAAUCAAUGGCAAAGAGGACUUCUAUAGGGAUUGGGCCACAUACCGUGCCGGCUUUGGAAGCUUUGAAGGUGACUUCUUCCUCGGUCUCGAGAGGAUUCAUCGCUUGACGCGCGCCCAGCCGCAUGAGCUCUACAUACAUAUGGAAGGAUUUGAUGGCAUCAAAAUGUAUUACAGAUAUGGACAAUUUGCCAUCGCUGGCGAGAACGAUCAAUACAGACUGAAAAUCUCUGCUAAGGCUGAGGGCCAUGCAACAUUUAAUAAGUUAGAUUACCACAACAAUCAGAAAUUCAGCACAUACGAUCGUGAUAAUGAUAAUUGGAGUAAUGGCAACUGCGCAAGUAAAGAUAAAUAUGCUGGUGGCUGGUGGUACCACAGCUGUGUAGGAAGCAAUUUAAAUGGCAAAUACUAUGAUCAUAAGGUGAAUGAAUCGAAUGCCAUAUUUUGGGAACUAUUCGUCUCGUUGAAAACAGUCAAAAUGCUUAUACGACCCAAGAGCUAUGGAAAAUUCACCCUGCUGGUUAAAGGGCAUUGUGGGUAUUGCGAAUGGAUUUGGAAAAUAUGUGACAUCGUGGCAGCUGGUCAGGCAAUGCUCCUUGCACGCCGUACUCUCGCCAUCCACAUUCUCCAAUUCCGCACGAUUGAGGCAGUCAAAGUGCCUCACAUGGCAGACGGUGGCAUUGCGGUAGAUCAACGGCAGGUGAUAUGGUAUGCAGUUGCAGAGCCUCAAGAAGUACAUCGCAUCGCACUCGGCCUCACAGUUCCGGCGUGUGUAGUACCUAUAAAAGAGCAGCUCCUGCUCCUGCUCGUCGCUGAAAAUGCAUUGGCGCCUCUUCCGGUCGAUGCCACGUAUGCUUGGCACAGCCUCAUAGCUAUUCGGCACGAUCCUAUAGUUGGUCUCGUGGCCGAGCAUUAUCGGCAGGCCGGAUUCCUUGAGACGCGGCUGAUCAAUCGAGUUACCAUUGGCAACGCCUAUGCCAAUGCCCCGACGAGGAUAGAAGCCCGCCGGCAGAUGCUUUGGAUAGCCGCUAAUGGGGUUCCAGUCCACGGCAAUGUCCGUGAGACCUUUGGACGACGUGUAGUCCCAGGUUCACCUAUGCUUGUAUAUAUAAUACGGAUGGAGGAAGUUGAACACGCAGCAGAGGCCCUCGUCAACGAAGAACUCUCGGAAGAUAUCGGUGCAGGGCAGGCUCUUCUGUCCGAAAAUACACGAGACGAUCAUCUCAUCGCAUUUGUGGGAAACUUUGACGAUGAAAUUCGCGGGCAGCUCUGGAAUCUGAUUUCAGUGCGAGUUGCAAGGCUAAAGAUGAAGGCAGUUGCUCUUCUGUUAAUCGUUGUUGUCGUCGGCUGCAUCCAGGCGCUCAGCUACGAGGAUGUGCUGGCAGCAGAGUUCGAAUCCUUUAAAGUGGAGUACGAGAAGAGUUACGAGGAUGACAGCGAGGAGCAGCUGCGCAUGCAGAUAUUUAGGGACAACAAGGAGCUGAUCGAUAGGCACAACGAGCGCUAUGCCGCAGGCGAAGAGACUUUCGAAAUGGGCGUGAACCAAUUUACGGACAUGCUAGCGACGGAAUUCCGGAAAGUUAUGCUGUCAAAUCUGAACAUCAGUGAUUUUACGUCCAGCAUUGAGUACAUCUAUUCGCCAGCAAAUGCUGAGAUUCCCAGCGAAGUUGACUGGCGUGAGAAAGGCGCAGUUACGCGGGUGAAGAAUCAGGGCCGCUGCGGAUCUUGCUGGACCUUUUCAGCGACGGGCGCUCUGGAGGGACAACAUUUUAUCCAAACUAAACAAUUGAUUCCGCUCUCCGAGCAGAAUUUGCUGGACUGUUCUAGUCGAUAUAACAACCAUGGCUGUAGCGGUGGAUGGCCCGCCGCCGCUCUGAUGUAUAUUCGGGACAACAAUGGCUUGGAUAAUGAAAGGGCGUAUCGGUAUGAAGGCCGUGUUGGACGUUGCCGUUUCCGUCGCGAUAGUGUUAGCGCAACUGUCACACAGGUGAUGCAGGUCCGACAAGAUGAAGACGCAUUGGCCAACGCCAUCGCCACAAAGGGUCCAGUUUCGGUUUGUGUCGAUGCAACCUAUUUUCAGCACUAUCGUAGAGGCGUGUAUAACGUUCGCUGUCGUGGGCAGGUGAAUCAUGCCAUGCUUGCCAUUGGCUACGGUUACGAUCAACGCGGCGGCGACUUUUGGUUAAUCAAGAACUCCUGGGGUGACUGGGGAGAGCAAGGCUACAUGCGCUUGGCACGCAACCAAGGCAAUCUCUGCCACGUGGCUAGCUAUGCCGUGUUUCCGAUAUAGACGAACCACAGCGAUGUAUACAGUUUUAAUAUACAAGUAUAAAUAAUCUAUUCAAUAACAAUAACAAUAUAUAUACCAAAUGAAAUGGAUCUCUUUUGUGAACCCAUGCGUGUCAUGAGUUACUUACAGCAUUAGAACAUUUAAAACUUAUCGUUGCUUAAACUAACUCAGCAUAUUUGC